AGUGCUUUUCAUUUCAAGUAUAAUUUCAUCCGGGCAAGUCCGUUUAAUGUUUUUGAAUAAAAAUGAAUUUGAUUAAGAUUAAAGAUGGAAAAAAUUGUAUUCGAUUACCAACUGAAAAAAAUACAAUAUCCUUAAAAACAAUAAAAAAUUAUUUCCCACAAGCAAGUGGUUUAAUCUAUUUUAACACAAAGGAUGAAAAAUGUGGUGUGCAAUUAAUAGAAAACGAUUUCUUUAAAUUAGUCGAUGGAGUUGAUCAAUACGAAAUUUUUAAUUCAUCUGUCAUCAAUAUUCCUUCUAAACAUCCAGACAAUAAAAGUAAUAUUAAAAUGAAAAGAAUAAACGAAAUAAUGGACGUUAUCAACAAAGAAGAAAAAUUCUUCCCGGCAAAAAACUCAGAAGUCAAAAAAGCUUCUAAUAAGAUUGUUGUUAAUAAAAAGAAUAGGAAAAUUAUUAACAUUGGUUGGAAACAUAAGCAAGAUGAAAAUGGGAAAUUUUUUCACACGAAGGAACCAAUUGCAGGAGCCAAAACGUUGGAACUCGAUCAAAACAUAUCAUAUCAUCUCAAAGAUAUAAGGAAUAUGAUCGUAGAAGCAAUUAAGACAGAAGAGAACUCCAAAUAUUUUGAAGGUUCCAUUGUUGACAUUGGGAAUUAUAACGAAGAAGUUUACGAUGCUUUUCGAGUUCAUGAGGAUGAAAAUUUCUGGGAUUUUGCGAAAGAAUGUCGAGGAAAUAAUUCUACGUUGAGAUUAUAUUUACUAACUACAAAAAAAUCUUUAUCUAAACAAAAUGGGGCAAAUAAUGUAAAUGACGAACAUUCACCUCCAGUGAACCAAACUUCUUCAGUAGUACACAUUCAGGACAAAAGAGCUUCUCCACUGAAGAUAAUUGAACCAAAUAGUAGAAAGAAUGUAAAUGAAAAGCAAAAUUUACCAAGUGCGUUUAAUUUGAGUAACAAACAAAGCAUCCGGUUGAUUUCGAAAAAUGAUGCCUAUAAAUCCUCGAAGAUUGUAAUCACAACGAAAGGAGAAAGUGAAAACAACAAGUUUCCAACAGGAACGUCAAUGAGUGACCAAUAUAAAAUUCCAUUCACUUUUGAAAAAAAUUCUUUUGUAAAAACUAAUUUUCGUAUACAGAAUGAUUCAAAAAGGAAUCACAUUUCAACUGCAACGGAAUUGAGUUUAAGGAAAAAAAGACUUGCUACAGAAAAUAAAACUGCCCCAUCAGUCAACUCUGACUGCAAAACAGAUUCUUCUGAACAAGAAGCAAUUCAUGAUAUAGAUGUUUCUGUUCCAGUUAUUGAGGAAAAAGAUAUACAUUUUUCUGAAAUCGUGUUAGGUAAAGGAUCUUUUGGUACUGUAAGAAGGGCGACUUGGUUGAAAACUGAUGUUGCUGUAAAAACAAUUCAAUCAACUUCUAAUGAUAAGUACAUAAUUCGGGAGAUAAAAAUCAUGGACAAAAUUAGACAUCCAAACAUUGUCAGCAUAAUGGCUGUAUCAUUUACUCAGUAUGAAUAUCACAUUGUUCUAGAAUAUUUCAAUGGUGCCAGUUUACGGUCUGUUUUAUUCGAUAAUGAAUCAAAAUUGAAUUUAAAGUUAACUGAGGAAAAUAAAUCUCUUAUUUGUUCUCAAAUAUGCAUAGCGAUAGUAUUCUUGCAUGAAUCGAAGCCAACAAUAUUGCAUAAAGAUAUCAAACCAGACAAUAUUCUUGUAAAUAAGGAAUAUCAAGUUAAAGUAUGCGAUCUUGGCAUUGGUACAUUUGAUGAGUUGCCUUCAGUACUUCAUACGACAAUCGGACACAACUUUCAAGGGACACCACUUUAUAUGGCCCCUGAGAUUCUUAUAAAUAACAGAAAAGCAACUAUUUACUCAGAUGUUUGGUCCAUCGCCUGUGUUAUCGUAGAAUUGUAUUCAGAAAAAACCGUGUGGAAUAUGCCAUAUGGGAGUGGAAAAAAUUUGAAAAAUUUGAAAGCGAUCAUCAUCACUUUAAAGUUUCCAAAUUUGUCGAGCAUACCAAGGUAUUUAAAAGAUAUCUUAAAACAAUGCUUCCAACAUGAACCUGAAAGAAGACCACAAGCUUCUGCUCUUCUUCAUAUUUUUAAAGCACGGAUUGAAGCAAAGGAAUAAAACACUAAAUAAACUCCAGACUGAGAAGAUUUGACGGUGAUAUAGUCGAGUUAAGUGUAUACAGUUAAACUGUAAUCACUUAUUUAAUGAUUAAGUUAUUUUAUUAAUAAUUUCUUAUCACUUAAUUUUAAAAGGAAUUGCUGUUUUACGAUUUUCUUGUUCAAUAUAUUGAAAUUUAGAUGUUUUUGCAAAGUUAAGGACAAAUAUACAAAAUGGUAUUAAAUCAUAGACAUAAAUAUGUUGAAGCAGAUAAAAUUUGUUUUGAAAAUUGUCAGUUAAAAGUUAAUUGUUUGUUUUAAUAGAUACUUGCAUGUGUAAAAAUUAUCGCUAUAUUGUGUCUAUUAAUUAAAAGUAAAAUUACGUCAAAUAUGUUCAUUGUGUUAUACAAUGCGAUUUGCUUAUUUCAUAUUUUAUGUACUUUAAAAUAUUUAUUUAAAAAUAUUUAUAUCUUAUGUGCAGAUAGCAAUAACCAAUAAGUCGUAUGUAUCUUAAUUAUUAUCUAUAAUAUAUGGCUGUGAUGUAAGUGCUGAAGCACAUUAAAUCAAGUAUUCUUGCAAGACUGACUGCGCCAAAAUAAAAAGUUAACAUGAUAUUAUUAUUCAUAAUUUAGAAUAUUAACUAACAUAGUUUGUAUAUGUGUAAUAAAAAUGUAAAAAAUGUUUGUUACAGAAUAAU